CAAAAUUUAAAAUUUUUUUAAAUAUAACUCGAUUAGAAAAUGGUUAUUUCUUCGGUUUAUACAUUAUAUACAUAUGGCUGCACGCUAAGGCUUGCUUGCUUCGUUCCCAGUGGACUGUCGUUCACAAUGGAUAUGUGUGUAAAGAUAAUACAAUUUAAAUCGGACCCUUAAACCCGUUCCAGACAACUGUGCGACGUUGUUCAGCACUGGAUUUAAACAAGACAGCUGUUACCCGUAUGUUAAAUAAUAAUAUUCAACUUUAGCAAUGUCCAAGCAGCAACCCUCGUUUUUCUCCCGGAACUUGGUGGCGAUUGUGAUGGUGCCGUCCUUGAUCGGUAUCCACCUCGGCUGGAGCUACAUGCAGAAUAACCGGAAGCUGGUAUCAGAGUCGGAGCAGAUGGAGUUGCCGCCGGUUAAGUUUGCCAAAUUCGUGUGGAACAAGGUGACGAGUAUAGGAGGACCAGAAAAUCCGCCUAGCAAGUGACAGCCAUGUUUUCCUCUGAUCUUAAGACAUACAAUAUAUUUAUUGUAUAGAUUAAUUAAAACUACAUACAAACGGUA